AUGGGAUUGGCGCCUAAAAAUGUUGUGGCUCUCCUCUUGGCCGAGUUCGGAACCGGGAACUCCGAAGACGCGACUUACGAGGAGACUCGGAUGGCAACCCGACUGAAGAUUCUGCUGUCUCAAGCGGCGGAAGACGCGAAUAUUGAGGUUCAAACGGACGAUGAGAUUAUGGACAACAAUAGCAGUGGGGACGAGAAUGACGAUGACAGCGACUUUGAAUUGGACGUUGAAGGCCAUCAAGAACGUGAUGAAAGAGGAACUGGAGAGAUAUGGAUGGGACGAAAAUUCGUGUCGCUAGAUCAAAUACGAGCAGUCAAACGAUAUUGGCUAUCGUCGAAUCGAUCGGUUGGCGCUGUCAGGAAACGGUGCAGGUUCAUUCGAAGCGACUACUACUGGAGAAAGAUGACGGACCUGUGGAAGAAAGGUAAGGCUACAGUUUGUUGAUGAUUUUUUUUGUAGAUGAAGUUGUCGCAGAUCGGCGUGUUCGCAUAAAGAAGCUGGCUUCUGAUCUUUUUGAGUGGGCGAAGGAGAGAUUGUCGACUGGGACUUCCGAUCCGAUUACCAUUCCAAGUCAUGCCAUUUUUAAAGUACGUGUCUCACCAAGCCAGAGAAUGCGUUUUCCUCCAACAGCUAAGUUUUUCGCGGCGGGACGCGCGCCCAAUGGGCGUGCCACUAAAAAUAAAAAUAUUUUUUCGAAGAAAAUUGAUGUUCCAUUGUAAAAUGAUGUUUGAGUGGACUUUUUACAGAGGUAAGUAAGAUUUUCCACCUAUUGGAGCUUGAAAAUGGUAUAAUAGUUCUUAGUUGUCCUGUUUUCCCUUAGUUUACGCAAUAUUACGUGAUUUUUCGGACAGAUAAAGAUUGGUUAUGGAGAAUUUUAGUUUUUUUGUUGUAAUUGCAGGAGUAUGCGCAAAAUCGUCCAUCCCGAGACCGGAGUCACCUCCAAGUUCAUGAAUACCUUCACCGUCGAUGUUUUUUGAACCGAUCGGUAUGUUGUUUUAGACCAUUAUUGCAUUGUUUAUUUAGAUUUUUGGGCAAAUGUUUGGAUUCAUCACUGCUAAAGUCUCUCGCAAGAAGAUAGGACAUGAAGAAUGUUUCCGCAGACACCAAGCCAUCACCAAGUACACCUCUUCCAUGGAAAAUGGAUUGGCUUCCAGGCUCCCGCUUCACAUUACUGAUCCCAAACGGCCCUCUUUAGGGCCACAUUUCUUUGAUCUUGAUGCUUUGUGA